GCACGCUUCGAGGGGAAAACGUGCCACCGAGCACAAAUUGUGGCUAAAAACAUACUUCAAAAUGCCUUUCUUUAUUCGCAAAAAGGACGGAAAACUUAAGGGAGAAAAAAGAAAGCAGGUUUCAAAGAGCGUGAAAGGAUCAAAAAAGCUAGCUAAAAAUCCUGAAAAGCUAAGAGACUUGGAUGAAAAUAUUUCAAGUGAAGAAGAGUCAAGUGAGCAAGAAUUGCAUGUCAGUGAUCCAUCAAGUGAUGAAGAAACAGAACAAGAAAAGAAAUUAAGGUUGACAAAGAAAUAUUUACAACAGAUUGAAAAUGAAGAAAGUGAAAAAAAUUUACUUGAUACAAAAGAAGCUGUUGCACAAAGAUUGAAAGAUGAAGCUCUAGAAGAAGCUGGACAGUUGCAAAAACAAAGAGCAUCUGAAUAUGAAGGUGUAACUCCUGAAGUUCAUUGCAUAUUCCGAGGCCAUAAUUUGAGUAUUACUUGCUUAGUCAUAUCAGCAUCUGAAAAACACUUAUACACCGCUUCAAAAGAUUGUUCCAUCAUUAAAUGGAGUCUAGAAGAGAAAAAGAGAUUAAAAACUAUUUUAGGUGGAAAGAAGGUGGCUAAAGCUUCUGAUUAUGUUCAUACAGAUCAUGUUCUUGCUCUUGCUAUCUCUGAAGAUGAUAAAUUUCUGGCUAGUGGCUGUCGGAGUAAAAUAAUCAAUAUAUGGAAUCCUGAAACAAUGGAACAUAUAAAAACAUUUAGAGGUCAUAAAGAUGCAAUAACUGGUCUUGCAUUUCAGCAAGGAUCACAUCAGCUUCUUAGUGCUUCAAAUGACAGAUCUAUUAAGCUUUGGAAUUUAGAUGAGAUGGGAUACGUAGAGACUUUGUUUGGGCAUCAGGAUGCCAUAACCGGCAUUGAUUGCUUUUUCGGUGAAACAGCUUUGACCGCUGGAGGUCGAGACAAUACCGUACGUAUAUGGAAAAUUGUCGAAGAAUCUCAGCUAGUAUUCCAGGCUCAUGGGGCUUCUAUAGACUGUGUAUGUGUUUCCAGCCACCAAAGAUUUGUAUCUGGUUCAGAUGACGGGUGUCUUUUACUUUGGGGCAUUCAUAAAAAGAAACCGUUAUCAAAAGUAACAGAAGCUCAUGGUUUGGAUUCGGAGACAGAAGAGCCCAAUUGGAUUGUUUCUUUGUGUGCCUUGAAAAAUACAGAUCUAGUUGCAUCUGGUUCCAGAGAUGGUUUUAUUAAGUUAUGGAGGAGAGAUGAUGAAAAAAAUCAGUUGUUACCGGUAACAAGAGUGCCUGUUGACGGCUUUGUAAAUACCUUACAGUUCAGUACUUCGGGAAAAUUCCUGAUAGCAGGCAUUGGAUAUGAACAUCGUUUGGGAAGAUGGUGGAGACUCAAAAACUGUAAAAAUUCCAUUGUUGUAUAUUCUUGGUGCAAUAAAAGUUGAAU